GAUUAUGUAAAAACCAGAUCACCCAGAUUGUCUUGUUGUCGAUAACAGAACAGUUGAACUAAGCCUAAACCAGCCACUGGCUGAGUAGGCUGCGAGGGUGGGGUGUUGGGUGUGUUUGCCCCACAGUGUUAGUCUUUAUCUAAUCAGCGGUCAUCAGUGACUGACAAGUCCACCAGGUGUAGCAAAGGUAUAUAAACUCUGUGUUUAGUUCAGGAAGGCAUCCUUCAUCCAGCGACUGCUGCUGCUGCUUGGAUUCAUCACAACAAGAUGGCGUCCGGUCUUCUCUUCUUGUUGCUCCUCGGGAUCGGAGGAAAUAUGUUUUCUGAAGCGGUGUCACCAAUAGAUCACCUUAUUGUAUGUGAAGAUUCAAUGGCCGAACUAAAGUGCCCUCAAGAUCAGGGAAUACACGUGUACUACGCUGUAUACGGACGUCAUGACACGACCACCUGUUCUUUCGGACGUCCUCCUUCUCAGCUCCAGAAUGUUACUUGCUUUAGUUUCACCAAACUCAUUACUAAAAACUGUAACGGGAAGUACAACUGUAGAAUCACAGCCAGUAACUCUGAGUUUGGAGAUCCCUGCGUAGGAACCUACAAGUACCUUGAUGUAGCCUACAGUUGUAUGUAUCCACUCUAAAAUCUUCCUGUGAUGCAUCGGCGACUUUUCUUUUGGAUUAGUUUUUAAAGAAAUAACAAACAUGAGAUCUAAUAAAGGAAUUGAGUCAAAUUGAGAAGAA